GAAACUUAAGAGCCGAGUGAGUUUAGGCACCUGCAUGAUGUCAUGGUGGGGAGGGAAAGGGGCGCAGUACAUCACAGUGGUGCUGAAACCAGGACCUAUACGUCUAAAAUAGGGACUUAGGCAUCUAACUUUUUUUUGUGCAGUCAGGGCUAACACACUCAGAUCACAUUCGAGCUUGGCUGCCUGCUUCUUUAUGAAGGAAAAUUGCUUUCGUUUUUACGAUUGUAUUUGGUUAAUAAAUAACUACAUAAAUGUGUAAACUGAAAGUACAAACUUCAACUGCAAGGAAACAUAUAUGUGAAGACUGAAUAAUUCCUCAAACCACAAUCCAUUACAGCACAUAGCAGUGCAUAGGACCCUGCAAUGACGGGCCUGGGAGAACCUUAUUAUACCUGCCCCAGCAUGUUGCCUUUUGAGAAGUUUGUUGACAUUUUGGUUAUUUGAAUGUCUGCCCAGCAAUGGAUUCCUUAUUCCAGUGGAUAACAGCUAUUCAGAUACUAACUUUUCUACAGACACCCUACUUGAUAAGAGGUGAAUAUAAAAUCGUUCACCCUGAAUCGCCUGUUAUUGGAUUCCUUGGCGAAGACGUUACCCUCCCUUGCCGGGUGACAGCCACGAGUAUCCCUGGGGACAUCACUCUCCACUGGAGACUUGUUCGACCCCAGGAAAAUAUAGAUGUGAGUUCUUAUAACAGAGGAAACAAAGAAGAAAAACAGGAUGAGAGAUAUUGGGGGCGAACGGAGUUCUUUCACCAUGAAAUGAACACAGGAAACAUGUCUCUAAAGCUGAAGAAUGCCCAGGUCUCUGACGCAGGGAAUUACAUGUGCCGAGUGGUUUCUGAGAACUGGUAUGAUGAGGUGGUGAUUGAACUCCAUGUGACAGCUAGAGGUGGCGAGUCUUCCAUUUUCAUGGAGGACUAUGCAGACCAGGGGAUCGGCCUCACCUGCAGGUCGGAGGGAUGGUUCCCUGAGCCCCAGGUGCUCUGGUUAGACAGUAAAGGACAAAAACGAACAGAAAAGCCUACGACAAGUAACACAAAGACACCUGCUGGAAUCUACAAUAUUGAAAGUGCCAUUAACAUAGAACCCGGCUCGGACAAUGAAGUCUCCUGCAAAAUAAUCAACAACAUACUAAAGACAGCGAGCGAGUCCAGAGUCCUAAUUUCAGAUGUUUUCUUCCCAACCACCUCCCCUUGGAUGACUGCUUUCCUCAUCAUUUUAUUUCUUAGUGUAGCCCUUAUUGCUACUGUAGGGUAUAAAUUGAAAAAUAAUAAUGACACAACAUCUCGCUCAGUAAAUGAGAAGAAAACAAUGGAAGAAGACAAAGAAUGUCUGAGCUCCCAACGAGAGUCAGACAAAAAGACAGGUAAAAUAGCAAUUCAAGAGAUACAAGAAAAUAUUGAUCGACUCUCAGCAGAGCUGGAAUUCAGAAGAGCUCAGAGCUAUGCAGUUCCCAUCACUCUGGAUCCGGAUUGCAAACACCCAGAACUCAAACUAUCAGAGGAUCAGAAAAGAGUCUGGAAAGAUCCUUCAUCUCCUGAGCUGGAUGCAGCCUCCUGGGCCCUGCUCGUGGUGGGGAAGGAGGGGUUUGUGGUUGGGAGGCAGUACUGGGAGGUGGAAGUGGGGGAGAAACUGGACUGGGAGCUAGGGGUCCUUUGUCAGUCGGUGAGGGACAGAGUGAAAAGGGAGAAAGCAGAGACACUCCCUGAGGAGGGAUAUUGGUCUCUGAAGAGAUCCCAGGGAGACUUUUUUUCAAGCAUAGAAAAUGCUAAGAUUGAAAAGCGGGAUGGCCCAUAUAAAGUGAUUGGUGUAUUUCUGGAUCGGGAAGAGAAAAAAAUCUCAUUUUAUGAGGCAGAGGUGAUGCUCCUCAUCACAACUGUUCCUGCAGACUUUACUGAGAAAUUUUUGUAUUACCCAUUCCUGAGUCCUAGGAACAACACAGGAGAGCAGAAAGCACUAGCAAUCCACCCCAUCAGAGUCCCUGUUCCUUUAAAGCCUCUGAGAAAGGAAAAAUGAGAUCUAGUUACUUUGGCAAAGUAAAACUCAAAAACAGAGGGGAGAAGGGAAUGUAAACAUGUGAAACAUCAGAAACGGUAAAAUAAGCAAAGUAGAAAUGGAAGAUUGAAUAAAGCACAUAAAACAGAAGAAAAA